GACAUCUCAGAUAUUGGACUCAUCUGUUCUCUCUCUCCUCUUUCCUUCUCUCCAUUCCAACAAUUAUAAUCAAUAAAAAAAAUAAAAACUUUGAACAGAUACCAUCAUCAUUCAUCAUCAUCACUCGCAUCAACAGAAUUCCAAGGGUUUUCUGGUUUUAUAUUUUGUUGGGAAGCAAGGGGAUGAGGAUGUUAUGGUGAUGAUGAUGUAUGUGGAGUACAGCCAGUGUUCGUGUAGAAGAUGAGAAGGGAACAGCAGGAGGGAUGCCAGGCUUCGAUUCACAAUUACCAAAUUCCAAUGCAUGCUAUACAGAGGGAAGCACAAUUGAUUCUUUUCGUGUGUCUGACUUUGAUCAAUCAAUUGGAUAUCGCUUAGAGGAUGCUGUUGACUUGAGUGGAAACUCGGUUUUUAACUCGCUAAAAUUAAGUAGCCAAACAACUUCUCCUGGUCUUGUCCACGUUGGUACUUGUAAUAAGUUGCCAACUUCACUUGAUAAAAGCCCAUUGAUGAACCAAACAGAACGACGGAGCUUGCAAUUACAAAAGGUUCAAUCAUCAAAUUUAGUCACAAUAUUAAGUGGUAACACAGAAAACCUGGAAGAGUCUGCCAUGGCUGAUGCCAGUCCUAGAACUGAUAUUUCUACAGAUGGUGACACCGAUGAUAAGAAUCAGAGGUUCGAUAGAAGUCAAUCCCUUGCUGCUGCUGCUUCUGACUCCAGUGACAGAUCAAAGGAUAAAUCAGAUCAGAAGACUCUCCGCAGGCUUGCUCAGAAUCGUGAGGCUGCAAGAAAAAGCCGGUUGAGAAAGAAAGCUUAUGUCCAACAAUUGGAAAGUAGUCGUUUGAAGUUGACCCAACUGGAGCAAGAACUUCAGCGGGCUAGGCAGCAGGGAAUCUUUAUAUCAAACUCAGGUGAUCAAGCACAUUCAAUGAGUGGAAAUGGGGCCAUGGCAUUUGAUGUAGAAUACGCAAGGUGGCUGGAAGAGCAGAGUCGACAAGUAAAUGAGCUAAGAGCAGCUGUAAAUUCUCAUGCAAGUGAUACGGAACUUCGCAUGAUUAUUGAUGGUAUAAUGGUACAUUAUGAUGAGAUAUUUAGGCUGAAGGGCAUUGCAGCCAAGGCUGAUGUCUUCCAUUUGUUGUCUGGCAUGUGGAAAACACCGGCUGAGAGGUGUUUCCUAUGGCUUGGUGGUUUUCGAUCAUCCGAACUCCUCAAGCUCCUGGUAAGUCAAUUGGAACCUCUCACAGAGCAGCAGCUAGUGGGUAUUACCAACUUGCAGCAAUCUUCCCAACAGGCAGAAGAUGCAUUGUCUCAGGGCAUGGAAGCAUUGCAACAGUCCCUUUCUGAGACAUUGUCCACUGGAUCUGGAUCACUUGGCUCCUCUGGUUCAUCAGGGAAUGUGGCAAAUUACAUGGGUCAAAUGGCUAUGGCUAUGGGUAAGCUUGGGACACUUGAGGGGUUUAUUCGGCAGGCUGACAAUUUGCGCCAGCAGACUCUGCAACAAAUUCACCGUAUAUUGACAACUCGCCAAUCGGCUCGUGCACUCCUUGCGAUACAUGACUACUUUUCAAGGCUGCGCGCUCUUAGCUCCCUUUGGCUUGCACGCCCAAGAGAUUGAUGGGUGCUAAAUAGUCUGUCAAAUUAUUUUUCAUGGAUUUGGCACCUCAAAUACUUUGUCAUCAUAGGUUUUACUCUUACUAUUUUAUUGUGUUGGAGUUUUCAUGUUACUGAUAUUAGUGUUUCAUUAAGUCACAUAAUCUAGAAACUGAAUUGGUGUCAAGAGUAUGUAUUUUGUUUAUUACUAUUGAUAUUGUCCAUAUGUAGUAGCAGCUGAAGGGCUUCAUAGAUUACUUCAUACAAAAUAGUUGGGCUGUGAUAAAUUUGAAUGUGUAGUUCAGUUGCUAGAGUUUUCUU